AUGCAUGAAAAAAACAACAGAAGAAGUCGUUGUCAAUCUGCGUAUGCUUGUCCAUCUGUUGGUGCUUUUUCACUGGCCGCUUUUGGUGGUGAGACCCCAAAAAUGAGUGAGCACAUAUUGAUGAAAAUCGCAAUUUUCGUUGUGCUGUGCAGCAUUGCUGCCUGUCUAGCCGAGCCGAAACCCGCAAUCAAUGAAAUUCGGAACAACCAGCAGUCGAAACCAGGACGGUUUUUGUCCCUGCCCGACGCACAGAAGUGUGCUAAUCGCCCCAAGCAGUUCAACUACAAGGGUCACAACUACUUCUUCUCCGGACAUGUGCCCGCGCUCGAGAACAAGAAAUACGACUGGCUGGACGGACGCAAUCUCUGCCGCGAGUACUGCAUGGAUCUGGUGUCCAUGGAGACGCAAGAAGAGAACAAUCUGAUCUUCAGACUCAUCCAGACCAACGAUGUGCCGUACAUCUGGACCUCCGGGCGCCUGUGUGACUUCAAGGGAUGCGAGGGACGUGCCGAUCUCGAGCCAAAGGACGUCUACGGCUGGUUCUGGUCUGCCAAUCGCGAGAAGAUCCAGCCAACCAACCAGAUUCCACAGGGCUGGGGAUACAAUCCGUGGAGCCGAACGGGCCACAAGAAGCAACCGCAGCCGGACAAUGCCGAGUUCGACAUCAACCAGACCAGCGAAUCCUGCCUGUCCGUCCUCAACAAUGUCUACAAUGAUGGAAUCGCGUGGCACGACGUUGCCUGCUAUCACGAGAAGCCGGUCGUCUGCGAGGACAACGAGGAGCUCCUCAACUACGUGGGAGCUACAAAUCCUGGAAUUCGCCUCUAAGAUAGUGCCUAUCGAAUCCCUCCUUAUGAACUACAAUAGUUUCCGUAAUUUUAAUUGUAUUUUUUAAUUCUUAGAGAGAUUCUCUGUCUCAGACAAAACCAUACACACACAGAAAUGACUUGAUGUGUAUCUUCUCCAUUUGGCCUCUGUUUCUCCUGCUAUUUGCGUACUUCUUCCCAUAGAAUCUCAAUAUGUUUAUCUGGAAUUUGUAGAUAUGGCAAAAAAAGUGCUGCAUAAUUGCAAAUACUCCCGCAGAAUGUCCUCCACAGAAUGCAAUGUAAAAUAUUUUCGAUGAUCUUCCGUCAAGACAUCUUUACUGUAAUACUGUGAAUAUUUAUUAAUUUUUACCUAACAAAAUAUACUCUUCU